AUGCUUAUUAACCGCAAAGGCCAAGUCAAGAUAUCAGACUUCGGUAUCUCUCGCGACCUCGAAAGCACUUUGGCCAAGGCGACGACGUUCACGGGCACGCUUUUGUACAUGGCACCUGAAAGAAUCAGUGGAGGCAUGUACUCGUACCCUUCCGAUCUCUGGUCUUUUGGUCUAGCGGUCAUGGCUUGUGCUAUCGGAAAGCUGCCUGUCCCGACCAAAGACGGCUACUGGGGUGUGGUUCAUGCUGUACAAGAGCAACCCUCACCGCGACUUCAGGAUUAUGGCGACCACUUUUCCCCGGAAUUCUGCGAUUUCCUCGACCAGUGCUUACAUAAAAACCCGCUGCUUCGACCUUCUGCUGCUGGCCUCCUUGCGCACCCGUUCAUUACAAAGAAUUAUUCGCCAAGGGAGCAUGCAAAUGGUCGGUUGAGUCGGGAUUGUCAGCCACCAUCGGCAGAAGCACUCGAGCACAGUCGCCAAGAAAUGAGAACCAUCGCCGAGAAGGCUCAAAGCUGGUGUCGAGAUCACGCAGAUGCUUUUCGGCGACUUUCGUACAUCAGUAAGUCGAAUGAGAUUCAAGAUGCCUCCAACGGGAGUAAGAUCAUGGUUCUUGCCAAACAGCUGCGUCUUCCAGUCGACGAAGUGGCGCGGCACUUUGCGUUCCUCGAUGAGUAUUGUGAAUGA